AGAUCAAAACUAAAUGCAAAGAGAGGGCAAAGAGGAAAAUGGGUUGGAGGAUGAAGAAAGUUCAAGGGAGGCAAAAGAAGCAAAGGCCACCUCCAUUACUGCCCACAACUGCCACAGUCAGGGAUUCCUUGGAGUAGCAUUAAAGUCUUUUGCUUCCUCCAACCAACUAUCCUCACAAAAACAAAUCCCCUCACCUCUCAUUCAUGAUUCAUCUCUGAGCAAAAUAUCAUAAUGUGUUCAGCUUCAACGUCCUUCUGUCUUCUCAUCAUCACUCUCAGUUCUACUUUUUAUACCUCUAUCUCUCAAGAUUACCAAGAGUCUGUCUCAGGUGAUGACAACGUCGGUAAAGAAAUGGGCUCUACAAUCCUCACUAGCUUCAGAUUUCUGCUUGGUAUGCAGAGCUCAAAGCCUAACAUACCUGCACAUUCAUUUUCUCCAGCUCCAGCUCCGGCUUCCGCCCCAGCCCCAGCUCUUCAUACUCAUCACAUACAGAAAAGGCCUCAUCCAUUUCACUAUAAGCUUCAUAAUCAACCAGCACACAAGUUAGAAGAUGGAGAAAAAGAUCAUAGAACUAACAAGUCUAGGCUUCACAUUUUCAUUAUCUCUGUUUUGGUCUCGAUUGGAUCGUUCUUUGUUAUCAUCUUUCUUGUUUCCUUGCUUAUAGUUUGUAAGAGACACAGACGAAAGAGAAUUCAGGCCUCAAGCGGUUCCAAUAAGGUGAGUUAUGAUCCUGAUCCUGGUUAUGAGCAUUUUUAUUUGAAUACCUUGGCACCAAUUUUGGAUGUCGAGUCUAGUUUCAAACAUUCCUCUCAAUCUAUUGUUCAUAAGGAUUCGAGCUUUAAACAGUCUGAUACUAAUCAAUUUGACAAGGAAAUCUCAGAUACUGUAAGUUGCUUGGAUGAAGAAAUUCUCCAUGCUUCUGAUGAUGAGUCUUUUCAUUCGAUACGCAAUUCUUGCUCUUCAUUAGCUUUAGAGUCAAAUUUAAGCUGUGAAUCUGGAAAGUGUUCUCCAUGUAGUUCAUCAAAUGGGUCAUCUCCAUACAGUUGCAAGAUCACUUAUUUCCCUUCAAAGACUAAACCUUCAGUUUCUCCUUCAGAAAAGCGUACAAAUACAACAUUUCAGUCCUCAUCUUCAUCUCCCUGUCCAUUGACUUGUAAUCUCGUUCAAAAAACUGAACAGACAUCAAAAGAGAAAACGUCCUCUGAUUAUCUAGACCAAAAAAUUAGCUCUAUUUCAAAAUCAAUUGAACUAGUAUCAAAACCUCCACCUCCUCCAAUGCUAUUAGUUAGCAACGGAAAUAUACCAAAGCCACCACCUCCUCCAGUGUCACUGAUAAGCAACGGAAACGCACCAAAGCCUCCUCCUCCUCCUCCACCUUUACCUCCAUCUAGACCAUCAUCUUCCCAAAUUCGAUGCAAUUCUAAGCAACCUCCACCUCCACCACCAAGCCAAUUUCAAGCUACACCAGUUGGUAAAGAUGGAAAUCCUCUUCCCAAAUUGAAGCCUUUGCAUUGGGAUAAAGUAAGAGCUGCUCCUGAUCGUUGUAUGGUUUGGGAUAAGAUAAGAUCGAGCUCAUUUGAAUUGGAUGAGCAAAUGAUUGAAUCUCUAUUUGGUUAUAACGCGCAAAGUUCUGCGAAGAAUGACGAGGCAAAAACUAGGAGCUCUCCACCUGGAAAGCAUGUCUUAGAUAAUAAGAGACUGCAGAAUGUUACUAUUUUGUUGAAGGCAUUGAAUGCAACUAGUGAACAAGUCUGCGAAAGUCUGAUUCAAGGUAUAGGAUUGAACUCCCAACAACUAGAAUCACUUGUGAAGAUGAUGCCAACAAAGGAGGAAGAAGAAAAGCUUCACAGCUAUCAGGGCGACAUAGACGAAUUAAGCUCAGCAGAAAAAUUUGUCAAGUCGAUUCUAAACAUACCAUUUGCUUUCUCAAGAAUUCAGGCCAUGCUAUACAAGGAAACCUUCGAAGAUGAAGUCAUUCAUCUCAGGAACUCUUUCGUAAUGCUUGAAAAAGCAUGCAAAGAACUCAGAUCAUGCCGACUCUUCUUCAGAUUACUUGAAGCAGUGCUAAAAACGGGGAAUCGAAUGAAUGUAGGGACAAUAAGAGGAGGAGCAAGAGCUUUCAAGCUCGAUACUCUUCUGAAAUUGUCAGAUGUCAAGGGAACAGAUGGAAAAACUUCGCUACUUCAUUUUGUAGUACAGGAGAUAAUACGAUCUGAAGGUGUUAAUGCAAUAGAGAAGAGCAUCAAGAACAGCAAGCCAAAGACUACAGAAGAACAAGAAGAGAUAUAUAGGGUAAUGGGCCUUGACGUUGUCUCAGGACUCAGCACAGAGCUCUGUAAUGUUAAGAAAACAGCGAGUAUAGACUUGGAUGUGAUUGUAGGCUCGGUUUCAAACUUGGCUGAAGGAAUGAAGAAAUUGAGGCAUUUGAUCGAAGUGGAUUUACCCACUGUUGAAGGAAAUGAGAGCUUUGAAGAAUCUAUGACAUUGUUUUUAAUUCAGGCUGAGAGAACAAUUAAGGAAUUGAAGGAAAAUGAGGAUCGAGUGCUAGUUAAUGUGAGGGCAAUCACCGAGUACUAUCAUGGAGAUGUGAGCAAGGUUGAUGAAGCUAACCUGCUUCGGAUUUUUGUAAUUGUGAGGGAUUUUCUUGCAAUGUUAGAUAGAGUUUGUAAAGAGGUCAGGAGUUCGAAGGCCUAUCAGAUGUCCUAAAGAUUAUAGGAAAAUGUCAAUUUCUCAGUUUCAUGAAGUAUGAUAGAUGAAACAUU